CAAAUCUCUUCCUGUGGGAGAAGAAACUCCUACAGUUCUUCAAGGUAAAUGCUGCCUGCUCACACAUCCAAACUCCUCUUCCUCUGUGCAGCUGUGAAGCAUCUUUGCACUACUGCGAUUCAAUCAUGAUGGGAACUGCUCAAAACAACAGUGACCUCAAAAAACUACCGGCAGUGGAGUUUGACCUGUGUAACAAGGACGUGAUGGCAGACACAUCUGAUCACAGUGUCAUUUCUGUUGGAGAAGAGGAAGGAACAGGCAACUUCCAACGUUCAUUUCCAACACGAGAGUCCCUCCGAUCCCCUCGGGGCUCUGUUGUGAGUUUCCAUGACAUUCAGUACUCUGUCAAGCAGUACAGUGGAUUCCUGUGUAAACAGAAAACUGCAGAAAAGAAGAUCCUUCAUAAUGUUUAUGGCAUUAUGAAGCCAGGCUUGAAUGCUAUCCUGGGGCCAACAGGCAGUGGUAAAUCUUCUCUCCUAGAUGUUCUGGCAGCUAGAAAAGACCCAGCAGGCCUGUCUGGAGAAGUGCUUAUAGAUGGCAUCCCACAACCUCCAAAUUUCAAGUGCAUCUCAGGAUAUGUUGUGCAGGAUGAUGUUGUCAUGGGCACAAUGACGGUGAGAGAGAACCUGCACUUCUCUGCUGCCCUGAGACUCCCUAGCUCCAUCACCACUGAAGAGAAGGAAGAGCGAGUGACUCAGAUUAUCAGUGAGCUGGGGUUAAACAAAGUGGCUGAUGUGAAGGUAGGAACCGAACUGAUCCGGGGAGUGUCUGGAGGGGAGCGGAAAAGAACCAAUAUUGGGAUGGAGCUCAUCACAGAGCCACCGGUCCUUUUUCUGGAUGAGCCAACAACUGGCCUUGACUCCAGCACAGCCAAUGCUGUGCUCAUCCUUUUGAAGAAGCUCUCCAGAAGAGGCCGGACCAUCAUCUUUUCCAUCCACCAGCCCCGCUAUUCCAUAUUUAAACUGUUUGACAGUCUGACAUUACUAGCUUUGGGAAAGGUGCUGUACCAUGGUCCUGCUAAGCAGGCCCUGGAAUAUUUUCAUUCUAUUGGAUAUGAAUGUGAACCCUUCAAUAACCCAGCUGACUUCUUCCUUGAUGUCAUAAAUGGUGAUUCAACUGCUGUGGCAGCAAGCAAGGAAGAUUACAGACCUGUGGACACAGAAAGAGAGGUGAGUGGUGAAAAUGGAGUGGCAGAGGAGAACGUGGACAGCAGUGUGGUAGAUUUGCUGCACCAGAAGUAUCUCAACUCCAGCCUGUAUCAGAGCACAAGGGAAGCAUUGAGGAAAGUGGAGCUUGGGCAGGGAAGCAAGCAGAGGAUAUCCAAGAAGGGACAUGAGAUUACCUAUGCAAAUGGUUUCCUCACCCAGCUGUACUGGGUGUCCAAGCGUUCUCUGAAAAACCUCAUCAGGAAUCCGCAGGCCUCUGUUGCACAGAUUGCAGUGACCGUAAUUCUAGCCCUGGUUGUGGGUGCCAUCUUUUUUGGCACAAAACUGGAUCGAAGUGGCAUUCAAAAUCGGGUUGGUUCUUUGUUUUUUGUCACCACAAACCAGUGUUUUUCCAGUGUCUCUGCAAUUGAGCUGUUCAUCAGAGACAAGAAGUUAUUUGUCCAUCAGUAUACCAGUGGAUAUUACCGUGUGUCUGCCUACUUCCUAGCCUUGAUGUUAGGAGAUCUGCUGCCCAUGAGAACUGCUCCAGCUAUCAUAUUCUCAUGCAUCAGUUACUGGAUGAUCGGUUACCAGGCUGUUGCAGGCCGGUUCUUCUUCUUCAUGUUGACCCUGGUACUGGUAUCCUACACUGCCACAGCCAUGUCGCUGGCUAUCAGUGCUGGGAUGGAUGUGGUGGCCGUGGCCAAUCUGCUCAUCAGUAUUUGUUUUGUCCUGAUGCUUAUCUUUUCUGGCCUCUUAGUAAACCUCCCUUCUGUAAUGGACUGGCUGAACUGGCUGAAGUACUUCAGCAUCCCACGAUAUGGCCUCACUGUGAGUAAAAUAAAUGAGUUUAGAGAUCUCUACUUCUGUGGCACGAAGAAUCCAAAUGUUACCAUGUCUGUAGGCAGCUGUCCCCCAGUUAUUUCAGGAGAAAUCUGUUCUGGUGAGAUACACCUCUGCAGCCAGGGAAUUACACCUACCAACUGGGCUAUGUGGGAAAACAUAGUGGCUCUAUUCUGCAUGACUGUUAUCUUCCUUAUGAUAGCCUAUGCAAAACUCCGAUUUAUGAGAAAGUUCACAUAGACUCCUCUGUCGCCUUGCUGUGCAGCUCUACAGGACUUAAAACUGCAAAGCUUGUUAGAGCCUACUGGAGGUUGCCAAAAGAUUUCAGCUGACUUUACCGGAAUUUAAAUGGGAAUCCUGUUGCCUUGUUUCUGAAGUAUGAUCUCUAUGUGGUUAUAUUAUUAUGUUUUUAAGAAGAAAUGUUUUACUGUAACACUGAGUAGGUGAAUUUUUAAGGAUCUAAGAGGGGAAUAUAUUCUCUUAGGUACUUAUCAAACUAUGUAUUAUAGAACUUUGUUCUUCUGUGGCAAGCCUCUGAUGUAUUUCAGAGAAAUUAUACAGGAAACGUUCAAAAGCAAACACUUCCCUUUGAAAGCAUGAGCUUCUCUCAUCACACGCAGUACAAAGUUAUGAUGGCAUGUGUGCAUUGAUAACGCUGGCCCUCAGGAGCGCCUGAGCCCACAGGGCGCGUUGGAGAGGCAUCCCCGUUCGACGUUAGGACACAGGAACGAGCUCUCCUCGAGGCAAGAACAGUUUCCUUCUAGUAGCAUCACAACAGAAGUGACUUCUUGCAGCAACAGCUUUUGCUCAUGAAAACUAAACACACUGUCCGAGACUAACUCCAAGGGACAAAUAAGACUGAUGAACUGUAAAACUGAACUAUUUACUACUUAAAAAGGGAUUUUUUUUUAAUAAUA